GUAAGCGACAGCAUGUCUGCCAUCGCGUCCGCCAUUGCACAACCUUGCGGAUUUGGGCGCCCUGGCCGCCGUGGUCCACGACCGAGAUAAAAAAGAGGCGCGGAGCUUCGCGGGCCAGUCCAGGGGAGCGGUCCGGCGCCGGGGAACGGUCGGGAACGGGAAGUGCGACGCGCGGCGGAGAGGCUCCUAGCUGAUUAAGCCGCUCGCGAGCGGCCUAGCGCACUCGUGUCACUUCGCGGGGCAGCGAAGCACGCGGGCGAGCCGCUUGAAGCGCACCGCCUCCCUGCCGCGCGCCUACUUUUUCCGAAACAAAGCGCGCCAAGG